GCCUGUUGGGAUUGAUGUCGGAAUAUAAAGACGACGUUAGAACGUGUCAAGAGACACAAAAUUGUCUUAGAGAAAAAUGUCACGUAAACCUUGAAAAUGCCCACAAUUUUGACUUCCGCAUUAUGCUGUGUAUUAGUUGAAUUUAAAAUGGAGAACCUGACCAUACAUGGAUGCAAGCUGUACCAUCGAUAUUAGAAAUGUGGAGACGGUCCCUGAUCAAAUCACCUCUGGAGACAGCCCCCGGAAUGUGAUAGUGGACAGUCCGGAUCAUGUUGAAGACAGUCCGGAUCAUGUCGAGGACAGUCCGGGUCACAUAGUUGACCUCGGGGAGGAGGAGGACAGCCUGGGAGGAGAGCAGCUGGUGGAUGUUCCAAGCAGUCUCGCGAACACAGCGGCUGACGUUAACUUACUCCUGCUUCACUCUAACGGGGGAGGCAACCUUUCAUUGGAGUCCCCUGCCAGCAACAUUCCGCAGCAGAUUGAUACGCAAACCGUCCAAGCCGUGACUCUAGCUGAUGGAACGACUGCCUUCAUUGAACAUCCUAAAGGGGGGAAGUUUAUGGAGGGACAGACCAUCAGUUUGGAGGAUGGGAGCACAGCAGUUGUCCAGGGCGUCAGUCAUGUGUUGCCGGUCAAUAACAUCCAGUCUGAGAUUGACAGUGUGGUCAAUCCUAACAUUGUGCUGACCGAUUCCUCACAGGUCGGAGGUCAGCCCAUUCAGCUGGAGGAUGGGACCACUGCAUUCUUACAUCACACACCUAAAGAGGGUUUACAGGCGAUUCAGUUGGAGGAUGGGACCACGGCCUACAUCACUCACCCGUCAGCAGAGUCCCUGUUUGGGGAUUCCCAAAUCACGAAUCUCGACAGUAGCACACUCAGUCUGGAUCAACUCGCUGCCCAGGUUACAGUAGACCAAAUGAAAGACCCAGGAUUGGAGUCACUACAGACGACCACUAGUCCCCUGGGACCCAACACAUCUGUUGUACACACUGUCAUAGCCGCAGGCCUAGCAUCUGACGAGAAAACAAUGGUGUUUGGGGAGAAAGCUUACCGCUGCAGUUUUGAUGGCUGUGGGAGACUAUACACCACACAGCACCACCUAAAGGUUCAUGAAAGAUCUCACACUGGAGUUCGUCCAUUUAAAUGUGAUUACGAUGGCUGUGGGAAAGCCUUUGCUACAGGGUAUGGACUGAAGUCUCACACACGUGUUCACACAGGUGAAAAGCCAUAUAAAUGUCCUGAGGAAGGAUGUGACAAAGGCUUCAAGACGUCGGGAGACCUUCAGAAACACGUCCGUACACACACAGGGGAGCGUCCCUUUAAGUGCCCCUUUGAGGGAUGUGAGCGAUCCUUCACAACCUCUAACAUCAGAAAAGUCCACAUCCGGACUCACACUGGUGAACGUCCCUAUAUCUGUAAUGAGGAGGGGUGUGGACGAGCCUUUGCUAGCGCCACCAACUACAAAAACCACAUCAGGAUACACACAGGAGAGAAGCCAUAUGUGUGCACAGUGCAGGGGUGUGGUAAGCGAUUCACAGAAUACUCCUCCCUUUACAAACACCAUGUGGUCCACACUCACUCCAAGCCCUACCACUGUAACCACUGUGGAAAGACGUACAGACAGACGUCCACGCUGGCCAUGCACAAACGAACGGCGCAUGGAGAAGAUACAACAGCAGAAUAUGAGGCUCAGGUGUACAACGACCAAAUCUUUGCAAAGGCUGGAGAGCAGCCCCCCGAGAAGCGAGCCAAGUUUGAGUACACAAUCCAAGCAAAGGAGGAAGAUGGGGAAACCCUGGUUCAGAAUGAGGCUGUCGUCAUUAAUACAGAAACACAAAACACUCAGGAGUCUCUCUUAUCUAAUGACCAAGUCCCAACCAAUGGAAACAUUGCAACCAUAACAAUGGGAGAACAUGGCCAGCAACAGGUGUUUGUUAUCACAGACCCAGCCCAGCUUGAGGCUCUACAGCAAUUAGCAGCUCAGCAACAACAGCAGCAGAGAGAGAACCUUCCAGACCAACAACUGACAAACUUAGGGGUGGAUCAAAGUGAAUCUCAAUCCGACCUGACAUCCCAGUCUACAGAAACAAUGACCCCACUGGACCAAUCAAACGAGGGCUGCGUUCCGAAGCUGGAGCCCGGGGACCAAAUAGAGUCUGUGGUGUUAAAUGAUGAGUCAUCAUUCGAAGAAAAAGAAAUCCUAGAGCGUGAGACCGACAGUGAUAUAGUGACGGAGGACAAUAUUGUUACCGGGGGCAACACCCCAGUGUCAAGAGCCGUCCAAGUCCUCGAAGGAAGUGUUCAGACUUAGCUAGUUCAGUGUUAUUUAUUCAGUAUUCUUGAUUAAAAUUUAUUGUUUUUUUGUAA